GGAGCAAAAGAGUACCGGGGCCUGGGGACUCCACCGGGAGGAAGAGAAGCGGAGCAGCAGGACGGCCCAAGGCAGGGAGUCGGGACGGAUGCCUGUCCUGGAGCAAAAGGUCUGCAGUCUGUGCUCAGAGUCAACACUACUCAGUGAGAGUGAUGCCUUUUCUCCAUUUGCACAAAAUGAAUGUGAGGUGGUUAGCCAGACCAGGAGCUCAACCUCACACAGAGUCCAGCCUACUGCGCUGAUGCCGAAGGGGAGGCAGAAAGUGCCACACUCGGAUGCCCCCCUGGGCCUACCCACCCACCUCUGGUUGGAGUUAGCCGGGCUCUUCUUGCUGGUUCCCUGGGUCAUGGGUCUGGCAGAGACAGACAGGCCUGGAGCCCAGGGUCCAGGGGGGCUAAGCUGGGCUGUGCAUCUGGACAGCCUAGAAGGCGAGGGGCAGGAAGAGACUCUGGAACAGCAGGCAGAUGCGUUGGCCCAGGCAGCGGGGCUGCUGAAUGCCGGGCGCAUCGGGGAGCUCCAGGGCUACUACCUCUUCACCCAGCCAGCUGGGCACCAGCAGGAGCAGCAGGUGGAGGCCCUCCGGCAGCAGGCGGAGACUGUGUUAGCCAGGCACGAAGCUGUGCGCUGGCACUCAGAGCAGAGGCUGCUCAAGCGGGCCAAGCGCAGCGUCCACUUCAAUGACCCCAAGUACCCACAGCAGUGGCACCUGAACAACCGGCGGAGCCCUGGCCGGGACAUCAAUGUGACAGGUGUAUGGGAACGCAAUGUAACCGGGCGAGGGGUGACCGUGGUGGUGGUGGAUGAUGGAGUGGAGCACACUAUCCAAGACAUUGCACCCAACUAUAGCCCCGAGGGCAGCUAUGAUCUCAACUCCAAUGACCCUGACCCUAUGCCACACCCAGACGUGGAGAAUGGCAACCACCACGGCACGAGGUGUGCCGGGGAGAUCGCCGCUGUGCCCAACAACAGCUUCUGUGCAGUGGGAGUGGCAUACGGGAGCCGCAUCGCAGGUAUCCGGGUGCUGGAUGGGCCCCUCACGGACAGCAUGGAGGCCGUGGCUUUCAACAAACACUAUCAGAUCAAUGACAUCUACAGCUGCAGCUGGGGCCCAGAUGAUGAUGGGAAGACGGUGGAUGGUCCCCAUCAGCUUGGAAAGGCCGCCUUGCAACAUGGGGUGCUUGCUGGCCGCCGGGGCUUUGGGAGCAUCUUCGUGGUGGCCAGUGGCAACGGAGGCCAGCACAAUGACAACUGCAACUAUGACGGCUAUGCCAACUCCAUCUACACUGUCACCAUAGGUGCUGUGGAUGAAGAGGGACGGAUGCCUUUCUAUGCUGAGGAAUGUGCCUCCAUGCUGGCGGUCACGUUCAGUGGUGGGGACAAGAUGCUCCGGAGCAUCGUGACCACUGACUGGGACCUACAGAAGGGCACAGGCUGCACUGAAGGCCACACGGGGACCUCAGCUGCAGCCCCCCUGGCGGCGGGCAUGAUCGCCCUAAUGCUACAGGUGCGGCCCUGCCUCACGUGGCGUGACGUCCAGCACAUCAUUGUCUUCACAGCCACCCAGUAUGAGGAUCGCCGUGCAGAUUGGGUCACCAAUGAGGCAGGCUUCAGCCACAGCCACCAGCAUGGGUUUGGCCUGCUCAAUGCUUGGAGACUCGUUAAUGCAGCCAAGAUCUGGACCUCUGUCCCUUACUUAGCUUCCUAUGUCAGCCCUGUGUUAAAAGAGAACAAGGCUAUCCCGCUGUCCCCCCACUCACUGGAGGUCCUGUGGAAUGUCAGCAGGACGGACCUGGAGAUGUCGGGGCUGAAGACGCUGGAGCACGUGGCGGUGACAGUCUCUAUCACUCACCCACGACGCGGCAGCUUGGAGCUGAAACUGUUUUGCCCCAGUGGCAUGAUGUCCCUCAUCGGCGCCCCCCGCAGCAUGGACUCAGAUCCCAACGGCUUCAAUGAUUGGACCUUCUCCACUGUGCGGUGCUGGGGGGAAAGAGCGAAGGGGACUUACAGACUCAUGGUCAGGGAUGUAGGAGAUGAGACACUCCAGCCUGGCAUCCUCCAGCAGUGGCAGCUGACCCUGUAUGGCUCUGUGUGGAGUCCAGUAGACAUCAAGGACAGGCAAAGACUGUUAGAAAGUGCCAUGAGUGGAAAAUACCUGCAUGAUGGCUUCACUCUGCCCUGCCCUCCUGGGCUGAAAAUCCCCGAGGAAGAUGGUUAUACCAUCACCCCUAACACCCUCAAGACUCUGGUGCUGGUAGGCAGUUUUACCAUCUUCUGGACCGUUUACUACAUGCUGGAAAUAUACCUGAGCCAGAGGAACGUGGCCACUCACCGAGUUUGUAGGAGUGGACCCUGCCACUGGCCCCAACGAAGCCAAAAAGCCAGGGAAGAGGGAACAGAACUAGAAUCAGUGCCACUUUGCAACAGCAAGGAUCCAGAUGGAGUGGAGACGGAACGUGAGGGCCCUCCCACCACCUCUGAUCCCCUUGCCCCAGACCUGCUGGCUCCAGGGGACUGGGGCCCAUCCCAGGACAGGAGUACCCUGAACUGCCCUCAUCAUCACCUAGCGCCAGACCUGUUGCAGGGGAAAGAGGAGCAGAUUUGCUGACCCACGGCCUAACAGACUCAACGUGGGACGGGCUCUUCCUUCCUGAAGCCAAGGAAGCUGGGAAGGCUGCUCUGAAGUCCCGAGAGCUCUGGGGAGAAGGCAGCCGUGAUGCUAGCAUCAGGAAUCCACAGGCCUAAAGAGUGCGCUCUGACUUCACUCUGGGAGGGCGAGGGCCUUCUGAAAGUGCAGUGACAGGAAGAGUCCCAGAGAACAGUGUGGCCACAGCCACUGGAUCUUCCUCCAGCUGGGCGGGGGCUCUUGGUGAGAAGGUCUUGGACACGUGCUCGGCCCCUCCCAUGGGGCAGGCCUACCACCUCGUUUCUCCUGGGCAAGCCAGCGAUGUGGGUCACGGGGACCCUCACCCACGGGCGGCCGGGGUGGAGCCUGCGAUGGCCAGAAGAGCCUCUCCGGAGAAACGUCACUGGGUCACAUGGGAAGAGGUCUCGGGCUGAAGGCUGGGAAGAGCCCGUGGCUAUAUGCCUGCCUUUUAAUGACCCAGGACCUAGGAACAGCCGUCUCUUCCUCUCCCGCCUCCCCCUCCCUGCCCACGCCUGGAACCUAAGACGUACUGGUAUGGCAGUUAGCCCUCCACCCAGCACACUCGCCCUGAAAGCAGCUGCCUCCAUUAGCCCCCAUCAGAAGCCAAGCCCAAACACACCCCGACUCCUUCCCCGGCGCCCCUCACCCUCCAUCCUGAAGGAUCGGUACGAUGCUCCUGGCAAAGCUGCGGAUGGGCAUGGGUCCCCGGCGCCUGCGCGGCUUCACGAGGUGGUCUGUGGCAGGACUGUGACAGGGGCAGCCACUGCCACUCCAGCCCUGCGACCGCCCUGUCUUCCCCUGCACAGUGCUCAGGGAAAUGGCCUUCCCCGCUGGAGGCCAGCCGUCUGCCUGACCGGCUGUGACUCCUCCCGGCAUUGGCCUCCUCCCCUCUUCUGAGCUAGUUGAUUGAUCAAAAGUUUUUUUAACGCUUAAGAUUUGGGUUUCUCUUUUCACAGCCACAUUUGUUUGAAUGUUUUUCUGCACAGCUUUUCCAAAAUAAAAACCUUCCACGCAA